AUGACGACCCCUAACUACAAGCACCCUAACCUCAAGCAGCAGUGGGGACUCGGCGAAGACCCCAAUGCCGGCGACCACGUUGUCACCUCCAAGGGCCAUCGUCUUACGCGUACCAUCACGCCAGGCGGACACGAUGUCGAUUCGUCCCAGCCUGGUUUCCCCGUCUACCAUCGAAGGAUCGCCAACCCUUUCCCGCUGUUCGCACUUGCUACAGGAGCAUUUGCGUUGAUACUCGGGUUUGUGCUGAUUCGAUACCGUGGUAUUAGCAACCCUGCCAUUGUGAUGACGGUGGGAUUGCCUUUGGGUAUGAUUGGCAACUUCGCCGCGUGCAUGUACGCCUUUGCCGAGGGCUCCACCUGGCUCGCCACCGUCGCCGGAUCGCUGGCGGGCAUCAUCGGCGGCAGCUCCUUGCUCUUCUUGCCCUGGACGGGCAUCCAGUCCACCUACGUCCUCGGAGGAGCCAACCCGCUCGCCGGCGUCUCGGAAUUCUACAAGGCUGCAGGCAUGGUCUUCUUCGUGUCGCUCAUCCCCAUUUUCCUCAUCUUUGUCGCUUCCUUGCGCACCUCGGCUCCCGUCUCGGGCGCUGCGCUGCUGAUCGUCGUCGCGCUCGGAACCCUGGGAGGCGGUUACAUCGACGGAAGCCCCGAACACGCCAUUCUCAAGGCGAGCGGCGCCUUCUUCAUCAUCGUCGGAAUCUUGCUCUUCUACGCUGCUACUUCCACCAUGUUGGCUGAAGAGGGGCUCAAGAUCUUGCCCGUCUUCCCGCUUCCCAGGCUUGAGUGA